AGGAAAUUUGUGGGUUGGAUGGAUUUUUCAUGCAUUUGUAGCUUUGGUAUUUUGAGAGAUCUUAUAUUUGUUAUGAAAUAGAUUGGAGAUUCUUUGACCCCUUUUGAUACAUUGUAGCUUGAAACCAUGGAUAUUAUGGUGUUUCAUCCCAUUCCCGCAGCCACCAGGUAAAUCCCGCCUUGUGAUCCUAGUCGAUGGAUCACGAGAAGUUAAACCAGUCUAGGUUAUCCAUAGCUGAUGGCUCAAACUAAUAAAGUCAAUAGAUUGCUCCCAGUAAUCAAAUUAGAAAUCUUAUGGGGUUACCAAGUCAAUAUUCAGACUAACUUGGUAGGGAUUGUCCCUGAUUUUUGCGAUUUUUAUGGGGACAUUUUUAUGUGUUUUUAGUGUGGAUUUGUAUUUCCUGUGGGUAUGAAUCAAACGUCUUGCUUUGAUGGUUUUUCUUUUAUGAAUUUCCAACACCAAUUGGCAGAAAAUGGGGAAGAAAGGAAGCUGGUUUUCUGCAGUGAAAAAAGCUUGGAAUUCUGAUAACAAGAAGAAAGACAAGGAGGCACAAUCCAGAGGGGCUGAAACAGAGAAGAAAGAAAGCUUUGAUAAUGGUCCUCAGAAUGGAGAAACUGCUCUGUUGAAUCCUUUACCUGAAAUGGAGACAACAGCAAGAGCAGAUGGUGAUGAGCAGAGCAGGCAUGCUUACUCCGUCGCUUUCGCCAGCGCCAUCGCUGCAGAAGCGGCAGUGGCAGCUGCUAAGGCGGCCGCGGAGGUGAUUCGCCUCACGUCUGUCGCGCGCAGCUCGCGUAAAUCGAUGGAAGAGAUGGCUGCUAUCAGGAUACAGUCGGCUUUUCGGGGUUACCUGGCAAGGAGAGCACAUCAGGGCCUAAGGAAAUUAGUGAGGUUGAAAUCAAUGAUCUCAGAGAGAUCUGUGAAGCAACAAGCCAUGACAACCUUAAAGUGCAUGCAGACAAUUGCUAAACUGCAGGCUGAGGUUCGUGCCCGAAGAAAUAGAUUGUCCGAGGAGAACCGGACACUCCAGAGACAGCUCCAGCAGAAGCCCGAGAAAGACCUCGAGAAGUCAAAAACAUCUUCUCCUGGAGGCAAGUUUGAUGUCAGCACACAUACAAAGGAGCAGAUCAAAGCAAAAAUUGAGACCAGGCAGGAGGCAGCCAAGAGAAGGGAAAGGGCACUGUCAUAUGCUAACACACAUCAGAUGACGAGGAGGAGCUCCUUGAAAUCCACGAAUCAAACGAUGGAUCCGAACGAUCCACAAUGGGGUUGGAGUUGGUUAGAAAGGUGGAUGGCUGCCAGGCCAUGGGAAAACAGAAUUGCAGUAAUGAAAGAACUUAGCAGCAAUGACACUGCACCUGUUAAGACUACUACCCCAAAAGUUAAUGCCAGGUCUAGUAACAAGGAUCUUAGGAAUGACCUUUUUCCUGUUAAGACUACCCCAAAAGUUAAUGACAGUAAGAGCUCUGCAACCCCCACCAAGCAAAGAUGCCCACCUGCUACCCGGCAAUUGCCAGUGGAGGUGACCCCGAAGGGAAGCCAUGGAAACGACGAUCCAAGAAGCAAAUCCAGUGUGAAUCUGAGCUCCAAGGGAAGCCAUGAAAACGAUUAUCCAAGAAGCAAAUCCAGUGUGAACCUGAGCUCCAAGGGAAGCCAUGAAAACGACGAUCCAAGAAGCAAAAUCAGUGUGAAUCCGAGCUCCAUGGGAAGCCUCGAAAACCAUGAUCCAAGAAACAAAACCAUUGUGAAUCUGAGCUCCAAGGAAAUCCAUGAAAACGACGACCCAAGAAGCAAAACCAGUGCGAAUCUGAGCUCCAAGGGAAUCCAGGUAAACGACGAUCCAAGAAGCAACCCCAGUGAGAAUUCAGAGCAUUCCAGGAGGCAUAGCAGUGCAGAGGCAAUGGAAAGAGAGUGUGAUCACAUUUCCAGGCCACAGGUCAAUCCUAAUCCAACUUUUAUGGCACCAAUGGAAAUAAGAAAAGCUAGAUCAAGAAAGGGGGCGCCAUUGUUGGUCUUAGAGAAGAGAUAUGGAACAAUGGAGAAGGGAGGUCCUGGAAAGAAGAAGCUGUCUUCCCAUGGAGCCACAAGGAGGCAUUCUGCUCCCCCAGCCCUGAUUUAACCUCCAUUAAUGGUUAAAUUAUUUUAACCCCCCAUCUUAUGACUGAAGAGGCUAAUUGAUAUGAUUGAUCAAUUUAGAUGCAAAUUUUAUAUGUUUCUUUCUUCUCCAGAGACUGAAUCCAAGCACAUUGAAGAUGAGUGAUUGAUUUGUGUUUGUAUUUUCCAAUGGGACAACUUUUUGUUUUUCUACAUAUGAAUGAUAUGAUCCAUCUCUUGCAUUGGGCUAAUAA